UCAGUCCAGAGUUCACCUGCCACUUAGCUCAGUUUUAUCGUCUCCUACUGUCGAGGUAUUUGCCUCUCGUUUCUCUCUCUGCAACAAUUGCGUUUCUCGGGAGGUCUGUCCCUCAGAGGCUGAUUGUGGAUCGCUGAGCACAGGCCUGAUUGAGAUGUCGUGUGGAGUAACUGAGGUGACAGGAAAUCGCACGAUCGGGGGCAUUUAGCCCUCAACGCUUGUGUCCUGGGAGAGGGUUGAAAUCACCAGCAGCAGAGAAAUCAGAAGAGGUCUUGACUUCCACAGAGACAUCUAAUGUUAUUUCAGCCUCGUUACCACCCUCAGCCAAUCAGAGGCGGGCCUGAUUGCAAGGUCAGGAAUGGAUUCACAUACAGAAUAUUUUCAGCGGCUUGAACUCAACUAUGUAAAACAAUUACAGGAGUGAACGAAACCUUAUUCUAUAUGUUCACAAUAUAAGAAGCAAAGUGAAUGUGUGUUUUUUAAGUAUUUAUUAAUGUACUUUAGUACUUAUUCUUUAUUUUUAACAUCAUCAAGGGAAAAAGUGACAUCAGUGUGAUGGAAUGUCUGUGUAAAACUGCUAAUGAAGCCCUGUAUGAGUUAUUAUUCCCACAUGUACUAUCAGCAGUUUUAUGACCUGCUUGGGCAUAUUUGACCCAACCCAAAGCAAACGGUGUUAACAGUGGCAGCUUGAGUGGGAGACAUAUCCAUUACUAAACACAGGAUGCUGCUGAGAAACUCUAAACACGCAGAGGAUCCAAUUGGGAACAGCAGUGGCUCUGAACAGAACAAUGUGGAGCAGAUCCUUGUCCCGAUAUUAGAUGUUCUGAUUCUUCUGCUGGGAGUUGGAGGACACAUGAUGGUGAUGGUGAUCCUGUGUGGGAGGCGGAGACGCAGGGCUGGACAGUCUUCUCAGCGUUCCCUUACAGGCACAGGAACAGAUGCCCUCCUGCUCACUCUGAGUGCUGCAGACCUGCUUCUGCUCUCUAUGCUUCCCUUCCACACCGUUGCCAUAGUGAUGCAGCAAUGGCCGUUCGGGGACGUCAUGUGUCGUCUGGUGGGCUUCUUGGGAUCGGCCUGCUCCUCUGCCAGCGUCUUCACUCUGGCAACGCUGGCUGUGUCUCGCUACCUGACUGUGGUGCACCCUACCAGAGCGCACAGCCUGCUCUCCCCUCGACGGGUGUCUGUAGCUGCUGCGCUCCUUUGGGUGCUCGCCUGCUGCCUGGCUGCUCCACAGCUAGUUUUUCGCUUUGUGAGAACCCCACGACAAUCCCCCGACGGUCUUGCUUGCUUUUCUUUCAGUUCCCACCGAGACCAGCUCAUCUAUGGAUUGUUUCACUUCAUCGUGGCCUUCUUGCUUCCACUGAUUACCAUUGCAGCUGCAUACGGCAGAAUCUACAUAUUUCUGUGGCUCAGUCAGCAGGCCGGCAGAGCCCCUCAAGUCGAGCGCUACCAGAACAAAGUGACCCACACGUCGGCCAUGUUAGUGCUGGCUUUCACAGUGUGCUGGCUGCCGUCCUACGGCCUGACGCUGGCAUUAUUGGCGGAUAAAAGAACAGGGGCCACAGGCGUCUCACCACGUUAUGGACCCUUCAGUGUUUUCGCACGCCUCAUGGCUACUUCUUCUACAGUGAUGAACCCAAUCCUUUAUGUUCUGAUGUCCCAAAAAUUCAGACAAGAUCUACUGGGGCUCUUUAAGAGAAGAGGGCAAAGGGCCAGCGGGGCUGUGGCCAUGGCUCCUGCAUGACAGUAAAACUAUGAACUAUACUCUUAUUUAACUGAACAGGAACUGAUUAAAUCACAAUAAAACUAUUACAAGCUGUAGCCCUGGAAUGUGCUUCUCCACAGAGACCACGGGACAAACAGUCUUGAAUCAUGCAUCUCUUGUAAACAGUUUAAAGUAAAGGCCCUUUGGUAAAACAUUAA